AUGGAUAAAUAUCAAAACAGGACCAUGGAUCUUCGAGACGUGCUGAGAACAAUAAGGAUGAAGGCCAAAUAUGCGCUCUUCUUGGGUUUUGUGGUGGUUCUGGUCAUCAUUGAAAAAGAAAACAAGAUCAUCUCAAAGUAAGACACUGGGAUUCUGUUUAGGUAAUGGAACACACUACACAUGUAUAGACAGCUAGUUAAUGUUCCUAAAUGCAUUUUAAAGUAUUGACUUAUGAUUACUUCUUUAUAUUUAAUUGAUUGCAGUUUGUAGCUGUAUAUUGUAUGACAUUUUAUAAGAAAAGCCAUUUCCAGGUAUGGGCCAAGUUUCACUAGUUUUAAGAUUUAUGUUUCAUUUGUGAAAACCUUUGGUAUUUUGAUACCUAUGCCCAUGGAGGGCAAGGACAUUGUAGGGAUUUAAAAUCCAGUGGAAACACUGAUUGAUCAGCACAAUUUCACCAGCUCUACAUUGGUCUUCUAAAAAGUACUGAGCAACAUGUUUUACGAUAAUGCAUAUGAUGUCAUUCACCAUUGGCCCUCAUAGGCUUUCAAUGGUUUUAUUUGGGUUUGAAAUAACAAACCUAAAACUGCUGGGAGGUUUCUUCUCAAUUGAUUUAUUAUGAAUUACUCUAUGCAUCGUAAAACUAAAUUUUCUAAAAUAGUAUAAAUUUUUUAACAUAAACCUUUGUUCUUCUUUCCCACAACCAAAACUACAAAAAGGAAAAUAAAUAAUAUCCCAACCACACAUGGCUGUGAAUAUAUACGGUAAUAUAUCUUGCUAUUCAAUUUAUGGUGUUACUCUAGGUCAAAGUGAAAUAUUAGGGCAGUAACUGGGAGUUCAAAAAAGGGCUACUAAACUGGUUCAUGGAUUAUAGGAUAAAACUUACAAGGAAAGGUUAAAGGAACUUAACAUGUAUAGUUUGGAGGAAAGACGAGACAGGGGAAUGAUAGAAAUAUUUAAAUAUAUAAAGGGAAUCUACACAGUAAAGGUGGAGACUAUAUUUAAAAGAACGAGAACUACCACAACAAGAGGACAUAGUCUUAAAUUAGACACCACCGUCUGAACAUCACUUUCACAGAAACCUCCAAUGUCUUGACCUAGAGCAUUUCUCCACUAAUCUCAAAACUCCUUUUACCUAUCUCAAACUUCACCUGUCCUAGUUCUACAACCUCCUUCUACAAUUCCACCCUCUCCUCUCAACUAGACAUCAUGGCGCCUUGUACAUUUAAAUGCCGCAGGCACCCGCAACAACAACCCUGGCACACCAAGCUCACUCGAUACCUCCAAAAAUGCUCCAGAACUGCUGAACGCUGUUGGAGAAAGUCUCACUGUGCAUCUGACUUUCUCCACUAUAAAUUUAUGCUGAGCUCAUACAGCUUGGCUCUUUCCUCUGCAAAAGUUAAUUACUUCAAUACCCUCAUAACCACACUCUCCCGCGAACCCAAACGACUAUUUCACACAUUUAACUCUCUUCUUCGCCCUGCUGUUCCUCCUCCACCCACUAACUUGACCGCCUCAGACUUUGCAACUCACUUCACUGACAAGAUCUCUACAAUCAGAGAAGAGAUCUGUCAUCUUUCUUCUUCCCCUUACAAUACUUCCCCUAACUUCACUCCCUCUGCUGUUCUAUUUUCAUUCGCACCCGCUACAUUGGAAGAGGUUUAUGCUCUGCUCCGGUCCUCCCGCCCCACCACCUGCUCCCUAGAUCCAAUUCCCUCGGAUCUCAUCCAUACUCUGUCUUCUUCUCUUUCUCCACCUCUCACUAAAAUUCUCAAUCUCUCUCUCUCCUCUGGUAUAUUUCCAUCGCUCUUCAAACAUGCAACCUAUUCUAAAGAAGCCCAAUCUUGACCCUAACUCCCCAUCCAACUAUCGUCCUAUCUCGCUACUGCCUUUUGCAUCCAAGAUCCUUGAACAAAUUGUGCAUGCAAAAUUGACAGACUUCCUCGAGUCUAACUCUCUGCUAGACCCGCUUCAGUCUGGUUUCCGCGCUAAGCACUCUGUGGAAACGGCACUGACCAAAGUAUCCAAUGAUCUACUCGCUGCAAAAUCUCGUGGUCACUACUCUAUCCUAAUUCUCCUUGACCUGUCUGCGGCUUUUGACACUGUUGAUCAUCAACAGCUUCUUCUCAUCCUCCGCAAUAUCGGUCUACAAGAUAUUGCUCUCUCCUGGUGCUCCUCCUACCUCUCCCAGUGCUCUUUCAGUGUUUCUUUCUCUGGCUCUGCUUCUUCUCCCCAACUCCUCUCUGUUGGUGUCCCCCAAGGUUCAGUCUUUGGUUCCCUACUGUUCUCCAUCUAUACUGCCUCCCUUGGUAAACUCAUUAGCUCCUUUGGCUUCCAAUAUCAUUUCUAUGCAGAUGACACGCAAAUCUACCUGUCCUCUCCUGAUCUCUCCCCGUCCCUCUUGACUAGUGUAUCUGAGUGCCUCUCUGCUGUUUCUAACUGGAUGGCUGCCCACUUCCUUAAACUAAACUUGACCAAAACUGAAAUUCUGGUCUUUCCUCCCUCAAAUGUUGUUACUCCUGUGUCUGUCUCCCUCCAAGUCAAUGGUGCUACCAUCAGCUCCACCAUGCAGGCUCGCUGCCUAGGUGUUCUCUUCGACUCCGACCUCUCCUUCAAGCCUCAUGUUCAAUCUUUCGCCAAAUCCUGUCAUUUCCAUCUCAAAAACAUUGCGCGCAUCCGCCUCUACUUAACGCCAAAUGCGACUAAGGUGCUGGUCCAUUCCACUGUCCUUUCUCGCCUUGACUACUGUAAUCUGCUUCUCAGUGGUCUUAUGUGCUGCCAACUUGCACUGUUACAGUCCAUAAUGAAUGCGGCGGCGAGCCUCAUCUUCCUGUCCGCCCGCACCUCCCAUGCCUCACCCUUCUGUCAGCCCCUACCUUGGCUUCCUAUAAAAUAUAGAGCUCAAUUUAAAAUUCUGGUUCUUGCUUUCAAAUCUCUACAUAAUGCUGCUCCCACCUAUCUACCCUCCCUUAUAAGUAUGUCCCAUCUAGGCCCUUACGAUCUGCUGAAGACUUACGCCUAUCUUCUGUCCGUACUCCCACCUCUGAUGCUCACCUUUCUCGAGGGCUGCACCGUUCUCAAGAUUUCUCGAGGGCUGCACCGUUCCUGUGGAACUCACUUCCCUCCUCUGUUAGAUGCUCACCCAGUCUCCACUCCUUCAAAAAAUCGUUAAAAACCCACUUCUUCAUAAAAGCGUAUCAAUUAAACUGUUAAUAGCUCCUGACUGAUUCCUCUUCUGCAACUGUCACUAGUCUAAUACUAUCCUUACCUUUUUGUGUCAUUUUACCCCACUCCCUCUAGCAUGUAAGCUCAUUGAGCAGUGCCCUCAACCCCUCUGUUCCUGUGUGUCCAACUUGUCUGGUUACAACUACAUGUCUGUUCGUCCACCCAUUGUAAAGCGCUGCGGAAUUUGAUGGCGCUAUAUAAAUAUCAUAAUACUAAUAAUAGAGGGGCAAAGGUUUAAAAAUAAUAUCAGGAAGUAUUACUUUACUGAGAGUGUAGUGGAUGCAUGGAAUAGCAUUCUAGCUGAAGUGAUAGAGGUUAACACAGUGAGGGAAUUUCAGCAUGCGCGGGAUAGGCUUAUGGUUAUCCUAUAUAUAUAUAAGAGACUAAUGCAAGUAUUAAUACAAUUGGGCAGACUAGAUGGGCAGAUUGGCUCUUAUCUGCUGUCACAUUCUAUGUUUCUAUGAGUGGAUGGCAAGUUGUUCAUUUGACAUUUGAUUGAAAUUUUUAAUUUUCUUUCAAAUUAUGUUAUUUUUCUUCUAAAGUUUUGAGACAGAUAGUAUUUAAUUAUCUGUCCUUUGUUUCUAGAAUUUUAGGUGCAUGCUUUGUAAUGUCUCAGAUUUGUUUUUUAUUGCAUGACUUACGUUCUGGCAUAUAUAAACCAAAUUUUCUUGUAGAGGACAUGUCAGUUAAGACAAAGCUGUCAGAACUUUAUAGAGUAUAGAAUGGUGAAUUACUUAUCCUGGAAAAAUAAUUGAGUUAAUAUGCUCAAACAAUCAACACAAGUAUUGAUGUAAUAGAUAUUGCUAAUGCAAAAAUGGAAGUAGACCAAAAACUGGGGUACAGCACCCAUGGUCUAACAGCACUAUAACCAAUAUAUUGCAGUGGUUAUGAUACAUGCUGAGCCAUUGGUCUUAGAUUUAAAUUGCCAUUGUAUUAUUAGAUUGAUGCACUGCUACAGCUUUAACAGUGUAUUUGGGCCAAGAACUUCCAUCCUUGAAGGAAUGCAGCUGUUGAACAUCAUACUUACAUUUGCGCAGAUAACAUGAAUAAUUGUGUAAUUAAAGUGAUCUGAACAAGAUGACAUGAAACAGCUGCCUGGACUGACGUUUGUUGAAUAGAAGAUUAAAACAUUUUAAAAAUAUUUUAUUUAUGUAUCUUACUACACUCUGAACACACAAAAUUUCAAGAAUAUUCUUGAAAUUUGACCAUAAACUGCAAUUAUGACCCUAAAUCGUUUUGAUGGGGGGUGGGAGGAGAGGCUUCUGGGAAUUAAGAACAAACAUCAAUUCAAAUAAACUUGAUUCAAUCCACCUAUAUAAGGAUAUUCUUAUUGGUACAGCACUUUGCCACACAUGUGCAAUAGACUCCCAAUACUUUCCUAUGGAAAUUGAUCAUCUCAACCAUGGAGGCGGAAACAGCUGUGAUGAGAUCAGGAGAUAAAAAUCAUUUUUUCAGAGCGAUCUAAUAGAGUUGAGGAGAUAAACAGCCACACAGCCGUUAUAGUGUCAGGAAUACAUACAUAAUAAAACCACCAUCUAGUUCCCCUGGCGUCUUUUCCCCCCGAAAAUGUAGUAAAAUCUUGCUUGUAUUCAAGUCUGCUGCUGCUGGCUCUGCCCCUGAUCUUCCUGCUUGGCUGACAUCAUCAGGAGUGAUUCCAUCACAAUCUUUCCCAUAGGAUUUGCUGAGACUGUCAAGGAGGCAGAUCAGGUUCAGAGCCAGCACAAGUCAAAUACAGCCCUGGCCAAUCAGCAUCGCCUCAUUGAGAUGCAUUGAAUCAAUGCAUCUAUUUGAGCAAAGUUCAGUGUCUCCAUGCAGAGGAUGGAGACACUGAAUGGCAGUGAUGCACAGUGUGCAGCACUGCCCCAGGAAGCUACAUUCUAGUUGCCAUCUGAGGAGUGGCCAGUGGAGGUAUCCCUAGGGUGUAAUGUAAACACUGCAUGUGUUUACUGUAAAAAGGCUCAAGGGAAUGAUUAUACUCACCAGAAAAAAUACAAUAAGCUGUAGUUGUUCUGGUGACUAUAGUGCCCCUUUACGUUUAAAGAAAUUGUCACUCUCAAACUUUCAUUGUAAUACAAUACAUUUUAAUUCACCAAAUCAAAUGCCAUACAAUGUCCAUUUUAUUUUCACUUUCUCAUUCUCAAAAAUAGAAAAUAAAUAAAAACAAGAUAACAUUAUAGCUGGGCUUUUGUUUCAAAAGUGCAGAUAUGGUAAUAUGUGAAACUAAUCCUGAAAUUUUUGAUCCAGAAAUUCAGCAUUUAGAAAGUAAUCACAUCUGAAUUUUCACUCAAAAACUUUUUUUUAUCUGGGCUAAAAUAUGUUCAAGUUCCAUUAAAAAUUAUUUAAUAAAAUGUCCAUAAUAUAUGUUGUAUAAAAUCAGAGACAAGUCCUGAAUAAUUAGGUAUGGAUUCUUAUUAAAGGUCCUCUCAAAAAAUUGUACAUAUUACAGCUCAUCAAGUCAAGAGUGUCCCUAGUUUAUAUAAAAAAACAGGGCUUUCCUGGCCCAUAAAGUCUGUCAAUCUGCUGCAGUUUGGCGACACCAGCCCCCAUUGACUUACUGACUAAUGGAAUCAUUGCUGUCAUAAGCUUUAAACUGUAGUGCUUGAUAAAAAUAUCAGCAGAUUAAAAUGUCCAAAAUACAUUAUAAAUAUUCUGUCCUACAACUAUAUAUUUUAGCAGAGUAUACAGUGUUUAAAUCUGACUGAUUUUGCAAAACUCAAAUAAAGAUUUGAAUUCCAUGAAGUCACAGACGUACAAAUUAUAUGCUGUGUUUUAAAUUGUAGCUCAGAUUGAAUGGUUUGGCAUUUUUACAGCAAUACUAGAGCAGGUUCAUCCAACUCAGGGGUUACGAGUCCACUAAUGGAAUAUGAAUUGCUGCUGCAUAGCACAUCCAUUUCCGGAUGUGAUAUAGACAUAUUUCAUUUUUCAAUGUAUUAACCCUAGUUUAGCCAUGGCUGCAUAAAAAUGCAAUGCACUUUUUCUGGGAUUAGUUGUUUUUGAUUAUCUUAUCCCAACCAUUUAGACUUUCCUGUCCCUUUAUGUCCCCUCAUGCAUUUUUUUUGGUUCCCUUCUCUUGACCAGGGUGUAUUUUUCCCCAUUACAAUCAUAAUGUUAAAGCACUUAUCCCGAAUUACUUUAAAAUCUAUAUGACAAGUAAUAGGGAAAAACGUUCUAAAUACCCAACGUAAUAUAGUGGGAAAGAUUUGUAUAGUGAACAGUGAAAAAAUAAAUGCCCACAAGGUUUGUAUAGUGUACAUUGAAAAAAGAAAUGUCCACUUUUGCCUGACCUUUAAAACAGUAACAUUUUUCCAAGUAAAGGUUUAAUUUUCUUAAAACAAGUCUAAGUAAAAAAAAGUAAUUAAUGUAACAGAUGUUCCACUAUACCUGGAAAUGUAUAUACCUGCUGCUCUUUAUUUGACUGCUAAAUAAGCCUUAUAUAAAAAUCCAAUAAAGAUUCUUCAUUAGAUCUUAAUAUCUUUAUAACCUAACUUCUUGAUUCGUUUUUUGAGUUGUAUUUAAGAUGUGGUGAAGGGUGUACAUCGAAGAAUUGUAGUGGAAGUAGCAUAACUCCCCUAAAUUUGGUGUUCAUUAAUUCCAAGAGACAAACUACAAGCUCCCCGGGCAUUUAUAAAUACUCUAUUUUGUCUUUUAGCGCUCCAAUAUAUUUAAAACUUUUUUGCUUCAUAUCAUAUUGGUGAUGCAUCAUUAUGGAAUUUAGCUGUCAUGUCGAGUCCACUAAAAGCAAGGUCUAGAAUUAAAUGGCAAAAUCGCACUAUUUUGCUUAUGGAUACGCAAAUAUGCUCAACUCUAGCAGAUCAUUGAAAACUUACUCAUAUAUUUGAAUUGCAAUUGGCUCAGUACAUGACAGUAAAACAUAUACACAGUCAAAUAAAUGCACAUAGUCACACACACACAGUUACUGGCAGUCACACACACAUUAAAGGCAGUCACACACACAAACAGACAAUCUCACACACGCACGAGUUCAUGAUGUCACACACACACACAGGUUCAGGCAAUCACACACACAGACACUCAUCCUUAUAUACUGUUAAGGGCAGUCACACACACAGACAAUCUCAGACACGCACGGGCACAGGCAGUCACACACACACUUACACAGACAAUCUCACACACAAAUACAGGCAGUAACACGCACGGACAUUCUCACACACAGUUACAGGCAGGCAGUAGUUACCUCUUUCUGUUGUAGGUACUGGGGGGAAAUGGGGGGAGUCGAGGCACUGCACUCCCUGAUGUUUAAUGGGUUGGGGAAGGAGGGGCUCAUUCAUGUUUCCAACUCAGUGUGUAGUAGUAACCAGGCAGCUGGUUUAGGCUUCAUUUAGCUUCAGCCAUGUCACCUGUAUCAAUGCUGCAGUUUUCUCUCUGCUACACCUGGGUGGAGAAUAGUGAAGUCAUAAGGUCGAAGCAAUUGUCUCAGCACAUUUCAAAUGUUGUAUAUUAUUUUUUAUUCUAAAAUGGAUGUUAUCUACACAUAUAUCAAAAUUUGCCACAAACAAAUCCCAACAUGUAGUCAUUAAGGAAAUUAAAUGACCUGUUAUAUUUUUCAGUACAUAAGGACUUAAUGUUGAGUGGCAUCAUCUGCACACAUAACUAAAAAAAAGUAAAUGGCCACUUGCAAAAUAUAUUUAUGUUAAUACAUUUUCCUCUAAUAGUGUGACUUUUAGUUAGAUAUGGUUGUUUUUUGGGAGCUAAUUAUUGUGCUUUCUUUUUUCCCCUGCAGGGUAUCUGACAAACUUAAUUUGAAGCAAAUGCCACUGAAUCUUUUUGAGUUGAACAGCACAGACUCCAAUGCUGAAUACACAGACAACAGUUCCUUGGCAUCUCUUAAUAAAUUAGAUUCUGACUUUUUGAAAUUUGGGAACCGACUGCUGAACGUCACUUUACAAUUUGGAGGAAACACCCAGUUGUUUGAAGAAAAUCAGAAAGCACCUCAUCGACAGAUUCUCCUAAUGGCCACCACCCGUACAGGUUCUUCUUUUGUGGGUGAAUUCUUUAACCAACAUGAAAACAUCUUCUAUCUGUUUGAACCUCUCUGGCACAUUGAAAGGACUGUGUCUUUUGACCCCACUGGGGCUAAUGCAGUGAGUUCAGCAAUUGUCUACAGAGAUGUUCUCCAGCAACUUUUUCUCUGUGAUCUUCACAUCUUGGAACACUUCAUCUCCCCCACCCCUGAAAAUCAUCUAACAAGAUUCAUGUUUCGUAGAGGUUCCAGCAAGGUUUUGUGUGAAGACCCAGUGUGUACUCCCAUAGUAAAAAAGGCCUUUGAAAAAUACCACUGCAAAAACCGUAGGUGUGGCCCUCUGAACAUUGCAUUGGCAGUGGAAGCUUGUUUAAAUAAAAAACACAUGGCUGUUAAGGCAGUACGCAUUCGUCAACUAGAAUUCCUUCGCACACUAGUUGAAGAUCCACGUUUGGACUUGAAGAUCAUACAGUUGGUACGUGAUCCCAGAGCGGUGCUUGCAUCUCGCAUGGUUGCUUUUUCUGGCAAGUAUGAAUCAUGGAAAAAAUGGGCACUGGAGGGGGCAGCCCCCAUUCCUGAAGAUGAAGUUCAAAAGUUAAAGGGCAAUUGUGAAAGUAUCCGUACAUCAGCAGAAUUAGGCUUGAGGCAGCCAGAAUGGCUUCGGGGACGCUACAUGCUGAUCCGAUACGAAGAUAUUGCACGUUCUCCUCUUGAAAAAGCCAAAGAGAUGUACAGGUUUGCUGGGAUUCCAAUUACCCCGCAGGUGGUGGAGUGGAUCAACAAAAACACUCAAGCUUCCCAAGAGAGCAACGGCAUAUAUUCUACACAAAAGAACUCCUCAGAGCAGUUUGAGAAGUGGCGUUUUAGCAUACCCUUCAAAUUAGCACAGGUGGUCCAGGAUGUCUGUACGCCAGCAAUGAAUUUGUUUGGCUACAAGUUGGCUAGUGAUUUGGAAACACUUACUAAUCGGUCUAUCAGUUUGCUUGAAGAAAGGGUUAAUUUUUGGGUUACGUAG